AUGGAUGAUGUUGAAGCUGGAGAAUUAUGGGGUUUCUUUGGUGGAUUUUCUCCAAUUCCAAAGAAAACAACUACAAAUGAUGCUCAAAGGAAAGCAAUACCUGUAGCUGAUGAUUCAUUGACAAAGAAGUUACUAGACACACACCAUUGUUAUCUUCUAGAUUGUGGAACAGAAAUUUAUGUGUGGGUUGGAAGAAGUACUAAUCUUGAAGAAAGAAAAGCUGCAAAUGGAGCUGCAGAAGAACAUUUACGUGUUCAUGAAAGACCAAAAUCCAAUAUCAUUCGAAUGAUUGAGAAUUUUGAGACAGUUUCUUUCAGAUCAAAGUUUGAUUCAUGGCCUCCACUGAGUGAUGUGGUUGCAUCUGAAGAUGGUAGAGGGAAGGUUAACACAAUGUUCCAUUUGGAUCAACCUAUGUAUCUUCUUGGGUUUCUUGCUAACCAGAGCAGGGUUUAUCUCAUUAACAAAGAAUUCAAUGUUGCUCAUUUUCUGGAGUCAUGGGGCAAGGUUGAAGAGGCCUUGGAAGUUACUACAGACCCUGAUUAUAGAUUUGAGUUGGUUAUUCAGCUUGGUAAACUUGACAUUGCCAAGGUUCCACUUCAAGUUUUUGUUCGAAGACAAAUAGCUCGGUUGUUGGAUCAUUGUCUUCAAUGUGCUAGACUUGUAUACAAUGAAUUAGUAAAGAUCACCCAUAGUUGUCUAGUGCAUGAACUACAAUGGUUUCCUGUUCUUAAGAUGCACAUUAAUGACAUUGCUGGGAGUUUUUUGUUUGAAGGUCUUCAACCUUCACAAACAAUGAUUGGACACUUACUAGAAAUGGAGGUUACUUCAGUAAAAACUUGUAGUUGGUAUUCACCAUUGACUAUUGAUUGA